AUGCCGAAGUGGGACAAAACCCGCAACUACUAUGCGGACCUCGAGUUGUCGCCAAAUGCAACUACCGAUGAGAUCAAGAGGCAGUUCAAGAAGCUAGCUCUGAAAUAUCACCCAGAUCGAAACCCCGGCAAAGAAGCCGAAGUUAACGGGAAAUUCCAGACCAUCCAAUGUGCCCACGAGAUCCUGAUCGACGACACUUUGAAGAGACAAUAUGACGAGGCUCGAAGAAGCUAUGCUGUCCGCUAUCCCACAUCUUCUGGAGUACGAGGCAAUCCAUGGGCCAACGUGGGCAAACAUUACCCCCCACCGCCCACAAGACGCCCUGCAGCGGCACCAGCUCCUUCUCCCCGCCCGACUUCUGGUGCUCAGCGUUACGAGACCUUUACGAGCAGUAUGCCACGUGCAUCCAAACCCUCGCCGAAAGAUGACCCGUAUACGCGCAAAAGCACCGCAGAAGCUUGGGAAAACAUGAGGUCGCACCCAGCGCGAGACAAAGCUCCUCCCCCUACUCCCGCAAGGCCCCCUCCUGGAAGAGCACCCACGUCUGCAACACGCGACGCAAGCGCAAACGCAUCGGCACCCAGGCCUACAUUUCCCCGUACGGCCUACCAGCAGCAGAAAGCCCAAGCAUCAUUUGGCGCCACUAAACGACCUGGUUUCACUCCGGGCUUCCCAGGUGUCGCUGAUGAGCCCCCUGUCACAAACAAGAACUACUUUACGAACAGGACACACUCAUACUUGUUCACUGAGCCGUCAGAGACUAAAGCUGCGGAGCCCUCCGCUUCGUCUUCAGCAACUUCAGCAAAUCCACUCGACCAGUUCAAGGAUAGGUAUACGGAUACCCGCCAGAGAACCCCUUACUACGCUUCGGGUGGUGAGAAGACCAGCUUGUUUGAUGAGGGGCCUGCUUUGGGUCGUACUACGAGCACUCGUACGCCUCCUCGGAGAACUGAUAUACCGGGCACAUUCCCACGCACCCGCCAGCGGAGCACUAGUACUCCGAAGACCUCUAGUAACGAUGGAGGUUCUGAGGAUUCCACAAAGGUCAACACAGGGGCUAACGGACCAGUGAACCGCAAGGCUCCCGCUAACAGCUCUUUCCAGUCGCGGGCUAGUGAACGGUAUAAGCCAAAGGCCGAUCUUAGUAACACGACACCGCACUUCCGUGCAGCAACAGCUGAAGACCAUUCGUCGGAGCCUGUCAGUGCCAAUGAUGCGUCCACGCCUCGUGCAAGCUCGGCUCAGACCAAUGGUGGCGGCCCUUCAGUGUACGCACCACCACCCAGCAAGCCUUCUCAUUUGCCCCAGUCGCGCACCCAGUUUCAUGCUGCCACGGCCCGACCUGAUCGGGCCAAAGAGCAUGCCCCUCGGGCUCGGGACUGGCUGUCAAUCAUCACGGGUUUCAAUUGCAACCCCCCUUCAAGUGAAGAUUCUAGUGAGGGCGCCAAAUCCCAGCCCCCUACACUGCUGCCCUAUGAGGAAGCACAGCGACAAGCUGUCGCACAUCUCAUCCGCGAGAAAGUCAUGCUCGGACAAGGUCUGAACAGACUCUCGACAGAGACAAAGAACAGAGCCGAAAACACUUCACAUGUUUCAGCAACCCGAAACAUGAAGAACGGUGCUGACACCAAUGGUGCAUUUAGCUUCAACUUCUCUGCAGAACAGGACACAACUGGCAACGACACUAACACGAAGCACUUCACCAAAAGCAGUGCUGACAGCAUCAACACACGGUUUGUGGAAGAUGAGGACCCUGAUGGGUGGCAGUUCAAGGCAGGUUCUGCUACGGCAAAUGAACCACCCACACCUUCCAAGGCCCGUCCGCAAUCUCGCAGCCGUCUCACCCGUCGGCAGACUCCCAGAUCUCGACCAGCUCCGACGGAUCGUGUGCCCUCAAUGCAGGCUGCAAUGGAGGAGCCUGCAAUGGAGGAUGCCCAGAAGCAGAGAUUUUCACCCGGAGAGUGGAGUGAGAAGAUAGGCUCUCAGCACUUUGAGCCUCAGCCUCCCAGCAGUGCCUCUACGAGCCCAACCCGACGCGGGAAUUCAAGAAAACCUAAGCCGGUCAAGAUGACUGCGGGGACAGCUGGGCUGGUUGACGGCGAAGAGAGUGAAGAUUGGCAAGAGAUUCCGCGGCCGUCCUCUGGUGCUGCACCUCCUUCAACACUUGAUCCCAAUGCAAUGGAUAUUGAUCCACCUUCAGAGAACGUCGAAGACACACCGAAGGCCGCUCAAACUCAUGGUGCUCGCACAAUUCCAGUCGAACCUCAUCGAGAAGAUUGGCGAGCAGGUAAUCUGAAUGGCACACAUUCCAAGUCAGCCAUCCCGACCUUGGACACGGACCCUGCAAGGGUUCCUUUUGCAGAGGCAGCCUUCUCCCAGUCGACUUCUGCGCCCACUACGGCGAACCCGUUCGUGCCUGCAGGUGGAUCUGAGGACACAGACGAAUUCCGUGCGACUUUCUCCGAUUUCAAGAACGUGGAACCCUUUGCGGAUCCUGCCCCAACAGGUCUCAAGUCGUUUGCUGACUUGAAGUCUACGUUGCCGUUUGAGAGUCAGCCAUCGGAACAGAUCCCCCUAGAGAAGGAGAUCCCCUCUGGACCUCUAGCCUUCCCCAUUCCGCCCGUUGCGCCGCGACUUCCGCCUACCAUGGGUGUGGCUGGUAUUCGACCGAACAUUGCCUCGUUCCGGAAGUAUGCCCAGGACUUCUACAACUAUAUGGAUAAGUGGGAGAGCUUCAACGACAAGAUCAUGAUGCAUUUUGCAUCUCGCCAGGGGCAGUUCAAGGAAAGACGUCGACAGCGCGGUGCGGCAUGGCUUGAUACACAGCGUGGUGGCGAUGACGCAGGCGAUUAUCUCAUGGAGAUAGACCAGGACCAGGCCGUUCGUGCUCAGUGGUUGGAUGCCUUUGCUGAGCAUCAGAAGAAGGUCACUGAAUUCAGGGAUUUCCGACAACGGGUUAAGUAG